AUGAAGAGUCUUAUAUGGUGUAUGUGGUGGACAUGGGCGUUGCUGGUGUUGAUGGGGAGUGGAGGCAUGGGGUGCCUGGAAGAAGAGAGGAAUGCGCUGCUCGGCAUCAAGGCCGCCUUCAACAGCCCGAACGGGUCUUCUCUUUCAUCAUGGAGUGACGACUACGGCAGCAACUGUUGUGGCUGGAAACGCGUGGUGUGCGACAACGCCACUUCGCGAGUGGCUCGCCUAUAUCUGAAUAAUACACGGCAUCCAAACCUGGGAGCUUGGGUUAUUAAAGCCUCUUUAUUCCUCCCUCUGGAGGAACUUCAAGUGUUGGAUUUAAGUAAAAAUCAUCUCUCAGGUCCAAAUCUAGAGGUGCUGGAUAUUUUGGGUAACACUUUGGCUAAUGAUGCUCUCCUGGACAUUGCGAGGAUAACAUCUCUUAAGGCCUUAGAUAUCAAAUUUGGUGGAUUGAGUGCUUCGACAUUAAUGGAAGGCUUGUGCGAAUUAAGGAACCUUGAGGAGUUGCACAUUGUUGGUAAUGGGGUUUGGGGUCCUCUUCCGUCGUGCUCGUGCAAUAUGACCUCACUUCGUGCACUUGAUGUUCGAUAUAACAAUUUUAGCGGACCCAUUCCUUCGUGUCUCGUCAAUAAUCUCAAGUCACUUGAAUAUAUUGCCUUAUCUGGAAAUGCUUUUGAAGGCUCACUUUCGCUUGCUUCCCUAGCUGAUAAUUCUAACCUUGAGGUAUUCCACCUCGUCGACAACCAUUAUCGUCUGGAAGUAAAUACAGAAGACCCCGCUUGGUUUCCUACAUUUCAAUUGAAGGUAUUUAGUUUAUCGAACUGUGUGCUCAACAAAGAUGCAAAUGGCGUAAUUCCUAGCUUUUUGAAGGGACAACAUGACUUGAGAGGUGUUCAGCUCAACCACAAUGGAAUGAGAGGAAAUUUCCCGAAUUGGCUACUAGACAACAAUGUAAAUCUGGAUCGGUUGGAACUCAUAGGCAAUGAAUUGUCGGGUACUUUUCAUUUGCCUUCUAAUUUGAGUCUUGCCAACAUGGGGUUGUUUGAUGUGUCUGCUAAUACUUUUGAAGGAGAGCUUCCAACUUCGAUUGGUUUUAACCUCCCGAAUUUCAAUGUUUUGAAUUUUUCAAACAACUUACUAAGUGGUGGAAUCCCUCCCUCAAUGGGCAAUAUGCAACUUCUAGAAUUUUUGGACUUGUCGAAUAACAGCUUCACUGGAGAGAUACCGGAGACAUUGGCUAAAGGUUGUACGUGUCUUAAUAUUUUGAAAUUGUCACACAACAAUUUGCAGGGCCAAAUGCUACCGAGGUAUUCUAACUUAGGAAACUUGGGAAGUUUGUAUUUGGACAACAAUUGUUUUAGAGGGGACAUAUCGCCCGAUAUCUUAAAUAGCUCCCUCUUGACGGUUUUGGAUGUAAGCCAUAAUUUCCUAUCUGGAUCACUUCCUAAUUGGAUUGGAGAUAUUCAAAACUUGCAGGGGCUUAUGUUGGCGAGUAACUUAUUGGGAGGUCCUUUACCGUACAGCUUUUGCAACUUGACAGUACUCACUCUUCUAGACCUCUCAAGUAACAACCUUGGGCCGAAUAUACCUCCUUGCGCCAACGUUAAAUUUCUGCGGUACUUGCAUUUAUCAAAUGACACUCUUGUUGGGCAUUUUCCUGAGUUUCUUUCUAAAGCUUCAUCAAUUGUCACAUUGGACCUUAGACAAAACGCAUUGUCAGGUGAGAUCCCGAGGUGGAUUGGUUCACUUCGGAACUUGAGGAUUCUUCUACUACGAGGAAAUAAUUUUGAAGGUUCAAUUCCUCCAGAUCUGUGCCUAUUGAAAGAUAUGAGCUUAUUGGAUCUCUCCAAUAAUAAUCUUUAUGGGAAAAUUCAUUCUUGUUUGAAUGGUUUGCCAUUUGGAUACUUUGAGCCAUACAUAGUUGAUAUACUUGUAGAAGAGCAUUGGGAAACACGCGACAAUAGGCUCAGUUUCAAAUUUGCAUAUCAAUAUCUCUAUCUAGAAAUGGUACCAAAUAUAAUUAGAUUAGAAGAAGUAAACUUCAUCACAAAGAGUAGGUUGGAAUCUUAUAAGGGCAACAUCCUAAACCUCAUGUCAGGAAUGGAUCUCUCACAGAACAAUUUGACAGGCUUUAUUCCUUCGGAGUUGGGCUACUUGAGGGAACUAAAAGUAUUGAACCUAUCACACAACCAUUUGAUAGGAUCGAUCCCGGGAACGUUUUCCAAUUUACAGAAUGUAGAGAGUUUGGAUCUAUCUUAUAACAACUUAACUGGUCCCAUCCCUCCACAACUAACAAAUCUCUGUGGCUUGUCGGUUUUUAUUGUGGCUCACAACAACUUGUCAGGCAGGACACCGGAUUUUAAAAAUCAAUUUGGAACUUUUGAUGAAGCAAGUUAUAGAGGUAACCCUCUUCUUUGUGGACCACCAUUAACAAGCUGUGAUGGCUCAAAUCGAGGAACGGCAACGCCACCAUCUUUUAAUCAUACCGGGGAGGAUGACUCCUGGAGUGAAGCCUUUUGGUGGAGUUUUGCGGGAUCAUACGUGGUGGCAUUCCUUGGAGUGAUUCUGUUUCUCUACCUAAACUUGUACUAUCGGUACAUGUUGUUCAACCUUGUUCGUAAGUUUAUCCCAUCAUUUCCCCAGUAG